GCCGCGCUGGCUGAUGCUGUGCAUGACUGCUGCCUUAUUUUUCUAUCAGACCUUCGAUGCCAUGGACGGCAAGCAGGCAAGGCGCACUGGGAGCUCGUCGCCAUUGGGGCAACUCUUUGACCAUGGCUGCGACUGUCUAGCGUGCAUUGCGCAGACCGGCGCCGCUGCGGCGUUGCUGCACUUCGGCCCCACCUUCCUGGGACUUUUCGCCAUGUCCAUCCUGUCGUCGGGUUUUUUCUUGGCGCAAUGGGAGGAGUACCACACUGGCACCCUCCCCACCGCCUAUGGAGCUGUUGGUGUCACGGAGACCCAAUAUUUCCUGAUGUCCCAGACCUUGGGGGCUGCAAUCCUGGGACCCCAGGUGGUCCCCUCCAUUCUUUCGAUGCCGCUUCAGCUACCCCUGCUGGGCUUGGCGGAUCUGAGGACUCACUUUAUGAAGUGCUGGCUCGUCUUCAUCGGUUUCUUCAUGUCACUUUGCGUCCUGAAGAACUUGGCCCAUGCUUUCAAGAAAAAGGGCAUGAGCGAAGUCCUCAGUGUUUUGAAGGACCUGCUGCCGGUUCUGCUGCAGAAUCUGCUGCUGGGCUCUUGGAGUCCCCAGAUGGUGCGCCUGGCCUCCCGCGAAAUCAGCCUGCUGACCAUGCUGCUAUUGUUUUACUUCUCGGCGCAGAUGAUCCUCUUCUCCAUGGCAAGGAUGCCAUUCCCUGUAGUGCAGAAGUGGCUGGUGCCCUAUGCCAUGCUGCUGGGACUGGGAUGGAUCGCUCCUGAGCUGGCGAAAGCUGCGCUGUUGCUGACACUUCUGGCCUUUGGUGCUUGGCUGCUGUGGUGGCUGGCAUGCGUGCAGGAGCAGCUCAAGAAGAAACUGGAGAUCUAUACCUUCUGCAUCACGCAGAAGUACCAUGCGAAUGGAUCCAACGGCUCCAAAGAGAAGUGA